AGGAGUUGCAGUGCGAAUGAUUGGUGUCAAAUACUCCGGUUGAUUUUUUUUGCCAAAUUGCGAUUUAUUUGUGUUUUUAUAUUUUUUCCGCUGCUGCGCGGGGAAAUAGUCGGAGCUUUAAGGGUGCUCCGUGUUUUCAAAGCCCGGAAUAAUCGCUGUCAGUAGGACUACUGUUUUGUUGAUGUCAUCCGCGGCAGAGCAGUAGCGACCUUCAAUUUGUAGGCAAGACCAGCAUAAACAAAGACUGGGUUUUUUUGGGGUGUUUUUUCCGUCUUUGUUUUGCUUUGUUUUGCUGGAGACAACAGAAACGAGGAUGGGACUCUUGCUGCGCUCCAUACUGCUAUUAUCUCUUACCACUUUCGCAGCCUGUAUAGAUUUUCAGCAGGGAUCCAAACCCUUCGCACAGUCGUUUCUGAGGCGUUCAAACAUUGAAGAGAAAGCUGCAAACAUCAUAAAGAGAUCUCUGCCCGCAUGGCUGUCUGCAUCACCAAAGCACGAGAUAAAACGGAGGAGCGCAGAGCAGGGCGACACCUGCAAAGCUCUUCAAGGAUACGACACCAAGUUAGCAGACAACACCCACAGUUAUACCUUCAAUGACCUGAGUGGGUCGGUGUCGCUGGCCUGGGUUGGAGACGGCACAGGGGUCAUCCUGGCUUUGACGACUUUUCAGGUGCCCUUCUUCAUGAUAAGGCUCGGGCAGUCUAAACUCUAUCGAAGUGAGAACUAUGGGAAGUCAUUCGAGGAUGUGACCAAUCUCAUCAACAACACCUUCAUCAGAUCAGAGUUUGGCAUUGCUAUUGGGAACUCUGGGAAAGUGAUCCUGACGGGAGAAGUGUCCGGAGGUUACGUGUCUCGGCUCUUCGUCUCCAAUGACUUUGGAAAGAGUUUCACCCCCCGGGACCUGACCUUCACCCCCCAGUCGCAGAUCACAUACAACCCUGAUAAUUCCAAUGUGCUGCUGGCCCUCAGCAACAGCUAUGAACUGUGGCUGUCUGAAGAUGUUGGCACCAACUGGAAAAAGAUCCACGACAUGGUGUGUCUUGUGAAAUGGGGAAGGAAAAACACCAUCUUCUUUACAGCCAAUCACAACGGAUCCUGCAGUGAUCGGGGAAUGCUGGAACUGAAGAGGACAACGGACUACGGUAAAAACAUCAAGACUGUCGCCAGUAAGAUCUACUCCUUCGGCCAGGGUGGACGCUUCCUGUUUGCCUCUGUUAUGACAGGCAAGGGCACUCUGAGGAUGAUCCAUGUGUCAGUGGACCAGGGUGAGACCUGGAACAUGGCACAGCUGCCCCCUGUUGGCCACGAGCAGUUCUACUCCAUCCUGGCAGCAAACGAUGAAAUGGUCUUCAUGCAUGUGGACGAGCCAGGAGAUACAGGAUUUGGGACCAUUUAUGUAUCAGACGACCGGGGCACUGUGUACUCCAAGUCAUUGGAGCGCCACCUUUACACCACCACGGGGGGCGAUACCGACUUCACUAACGUCACCUCCCUGCGAGGAGUUUUCAUCACCAGUGUCCUAGCAGAAGAUAACUCUGUGCAGUCUGUGGUGUCCUUUGAUCAGGGAGGAGAAUGGGUUCCCCUGCGGAAACCUGCCAACACCAAGUGUGAUGCUACAGCCAAAGACCCAGACAAGUGCAGUCUCCACAUCCACGCCGCCUACAGCACUGCUAUGAGGCUGAACAUCCCCAUGCUGCCUCUGAGUGAACCAAACGCUGUGGGUCUCAUCUUAGCUCAUGGGAGUGUUGGUGAUUCGAUCUCAGUGAUGAAGCCUGAUGUUUAUGUGUCUGAUGAUGGGGGGUACACCUGGAUUAAGGCCCUGGUUGGGCCCCAUCACUAUGCUAUUCUGGACUCUGGUGGGCUGCUGGUUGCCGUGGAGCAAAGCCCCACUCAACCUAUCAACACGAUCAAAUUUUCUACUGAUGAAGGACAGUGCUGGCGUGUUUACAACUUCACCAAAGACCCCAUCUACUUUACUGGACUGGCAUCAGAGCCGGGAGCUCGCUCCAUGAAUGUCAGUGUCUGGGGUUACAGAGACUCCCUCCUCAGCCAGUACUGGAUCUCCACCACUAUUGACUUCAGGGAGCUUCUCACCAGAGACUGUGGCGACACCGAUUAUGUGCAGUGGUUGGCCCACUCAGAUGACAUCAGUGACCCCAAGGAUGGUUGCAUGCUGGGCUACAAGGAGAAGUUCCUGCGUCUCAGGAAGGACUCUGUUUGCUGGAACGGACGAGACUACCAGGUCAACACCGAGCCAACCCUGUGUCAGUGCACCCUGGAUGACUUCCUGUGUGACUUUGGAUAUUACCGUCAGGAGAACAGCUCGGAGUGUGUAGAGCAGCCAGACCUGAAAGGCAAAGUGCUGGAGUUCUGUCUGCAAGGCAAAGAGGAGCUACUGCAGACCAGUGGCUAUAGAAAAAUCCCUGGAGAUAAAUGUGAGGGAGGAAAGAUGCCCGAGCGUAAAGAGAUCGACCUCAGCAAGAGGUGUGUGAGCGACCUGGUGGCCCCUGAACUCCUGAUAGACACUCGCUCCUCCAAGUCUGUAGCCAUUGUGGUAACAGUCAUCAUCAUCAUGCUGCUGAGCAUUGCAGCAGGAGUCGUCUUCGUCAAGAAAUAUGUCUGUGGUGGCAGGUUCCUGGUUCACAGGUACUCGGUGCUGCAGCAGCAUGUCGAGGACAAUGCUGUUGAUGGGAUGGAUGACCCGCUGGAGACAAACCACACUCAAAAUGGCAAGAUAGAGUUUCACGACGACUCAGAUGAGGACCUGCUGGAAUAGCAGGCACAACCUGUCAUGCAACCGAGCAACAGGUUUCCAGUUCACCCCGUGGCCGGGCCACUGCUUCAGUCACUUUUUUGUCUCCAGCUACUUCUUCCUUUCACCUUCUAGUAUGACCUUUGGCCUCAGCUACUGGACGAGAAGUCUGCGUCACUCUGCUGUCAUCUAUGAAGUAUAAUGAAUGUACGGAGGCUUCCUGGGACUAAUGCCACAGUGGAGGAGGAAGGAGGGGUUGUAGUGUUGUGCUUCAGUUAUUGAUUCUGUUUGAGUCUCCGAGUUAUUUAUUUUAAGGAACAAAGAAUUUGUGCAGUAAUUUGAACUGCUGUCAGAGACAGAGUAAUGGGUUUUGAAGCAAAGCUAGUUGUAUAAAUCCGCCACCAUUGCAUUACGGGUCCUGCCUCUCCCAUCACCUGGGAGCGCUCCUGGAAAUACUUCUCACUUCUGUCGGAGAUCUGUGUCCUUUCUCUCAUGCACUUGUACAUAUUACUGUUAUUCUUUGCCAUUUUUGACAUGGUAUGAAAUUGGUAGGUGUAAAAAAAAAAAAAAAAAAGGUUGCUGUUGGUUUUUAACUCUCCCAAAACCAUUUGAGUCUUAAUCCCUACUUUUAACAAAGUAGUUGUCUGUCAUGAAGUAUAUCCCGUACGGCCCAGAGUAUGUAAAUGUGAGGUUUUACGCUUCCUCGUCUAUGGGCACUGAUUUGUAAAAUUCCCUGUUGUAGUCUGUAUUUGGAAUACAAGCCAACGUAUUUUUACUCCAUGGCAUUUAGGACCAUGGUUGAAGUAAUAAGACAUACGUGGAAAUGUCCCUUUGCAUUAGGUUU